AGGAGCAGAACGAGCGAAACUGGAUAGCGGACUGACGUUACGGUGAAAAGGCUACAAAAGGAACUAAUGGCUUUGCAAAAUGAUCCGCCCCCUGGAAUGACGCUCAAUGAGAAAAGUGUCCAGAACACCAUCACACAGUGGAUUGUAGAUAUGGAAGGAGCCACGGGCACGCUCUACGAAGGAGAGAAAUUUCAGCUGCUUUUCAAAUUCAGUAGUCGGUAUCCUUUCGAUUCACCUCAGAGACGGCCACCCGAUAACUCCUUUUACGUAAGAACAUGCAACAAAAACCCAAAGAAAACAAAAUGGUGGUAUCACGAUGAUACGUGCUAAUAAACGUUGUAAUAGUUCCAGAAGAAAGAAGGCCUACUGAACCGCAUAAAGCACUUUUGAAUCAUACGACAGUCACUGAACUCUGACCUUUUUUGACUGGAACAAUGGACACCAUGAUGCGCUGGAGACUGUUUGAACUGCAUUUCCCAGAGGGCAGUUGGGUGCAUGUUUUUAGCCGGUUGUAAUAUACAAAUAAAAUAAAUUAAUUAAUUAAGAAUCGUUACGUGUACCAACAAUGGAUUGUUUUUGCAGAAAGAAAAGGUCACUAUGCAGCCAGCGAGAAAAAUGGUUUCGUAGUGAGAUUAUUAUUGUUAUCGUUUUAAGAUGAUUCUUGUUUCCUUUUGUUUGGGUACAUUUAAAAGGUUGUCACACAACGGUGGUUGGGCCCUAACAACGGUGGUUGGGCCCUAACAACGGUGGUUGGGCCUUAACAACGGUGGUUGGGCCCUAACAACGGUGGUUGGGCCCUAACAAAGAGAUCUGGAAGGGAUUUCAGCAUCUUAACCCCCAGAAAAUACUUCAGCUUUUUUUUUUGGUCUGAUAUUCAAUGCACUGUGACGAUAUAUGUAGAGCUACAACAGCUCAAUGUUAUUAUUCCAAAGGCUCAACUUCUACUGUAAAACCACAAACAACACCACUUCUCUGUAGCUGAUAGAAGGGGGUUUUCAAGUUGUUUUACAUUUCACUGUGUAAUCAAGAGUAGUACAGUUCUCUUCCUCUCCCGCCCUUCCAUCUUUCAAGGACAGACUUGAUUUCAGAAGUUGUCUGGUCUAUUUUGACUAUAGCAGCGUUUCCCAAACUUGGUCCUGGGGCCCCCCAGUGCACGUUUUAGUUUUUUUUUUUGUUGCAGUUGGAUCAUUUGAAUCCGCUGUGUAGUGUUAGGGGCAAACGCCCAAAAUGUUGGGGUCCUGAGGACCGAGUUUGGGAAAACGCUGGACUAGAGUAUUGGUACUGACCAGGUUGAUGAUGGUUAUAACUCUUUAGGCUGCGUUUACACAGGCAGACCAAUUUUGACUUUUUUUUUUGCCACUAAUUGGUCUUUUGACCAAUCGGAUCGGAUAUUUUGCCCAUAAUUGGACUGCCUGUGUAAACGCAGCAUUUUUAUGUACCUCUUCACAAUAAUAUGGUCUGAACUCAUGUACUGGUGUUCGCAGGUCCAUUCUGUAAAGCCCAGAGGCCAUUUAACGAAUGUCUGUGUUGUCAUCCAUUUUUAUUUGUUUGAUUUAGUAUUUGUCUUGAUGAGAUUUAGUUGCUUUUAUGCUUUUAUUUUAUUUAUGUAUUUUACUUUAUUUUGUUUGUCUUGUUUUUUUGUUGUUUUUUUUCAGCUAGCUGACCCUUUUUUCUUUCUUUUUUUUAAAGGGGAAGGAUGAUUUAUGGUUGAAUGUUUUAAUGUCUUGUUUAAUUUUAAAUCUAGUGGUAGUAACAGUGAAAUGAAUUUGACUACUGUUAAGACAAGGCUGGAUUUAUUCCCUGGUCACAGAUUGACUCGGGUGUUUUUUUUUAUUUUUUUAUUUUUUUUUGUCAAUACGAGAAGACGAGCAGAAAAAAAAAUCCUGUGAGAUAUUUUGAAAUUAACUAUAUUUUCACCAAAAGGGACUUGUUAUGUUGUGAAAUCUAUAACAUGUCUGAAACGAUUGUUACUAUAUACAUAUAUACAUACAUACAUACACUUUCUUUUAGAAAUCGUGGAGAUGAAUGAGAUGAAGUAAGUGGAGUGGAUGAAUUUUCCUCAUGUUGUAGCUGUGUGACUAUUUAAUAGGAGCGUUUUUAUUAUUUUCCUCUUUCGUGUUUCUGCUAACUAGUACGCCGCCGUCGGUUAGAUUCCAGUCAAUUCAGAAAGUAAAACCAAAAUGUGAAAAAGGAAAAAAAUAAAAAUCCACAUUUUCCUUAUUGAACAGCAUUGAGUGGAAUUGAAAUUAUUGAACAGCAUUGAGUGGAAUUGAAAUUAUUGAACAGCAUUGAGUGGAAUUUAAAUUAUUGAACAGCAUUGAGUGGAAUUGAAAUUAUUGAACAGCAUUGAGUGGAAUUGAAAUUAUUGAACAGCAUUGAGUGGAAUUGAAAUUAUUGAACAGCAUUGAGUGGAAUUGAAAUUAUUGAACAGCAUUGAGUGGAAUUGAAAUUAUUGAACAGCAUUGAGUGGAAUUGAAAUUAUUGAACAGCAUUGAGUGGAAUUGAAAUUAUUGAACAGCAUUGAGUGGAAUUGAAAUUAUUGAACAGCAUUGAGUGGAAUUGAAAUUAUUGAACAGCAUUGAGUGGAAUUGAAAUUAUUGAACAGCAUUGAGUGGAAUUGAAAUUAUUGAACAGCAUUGAGUGGAAUUGAAAUUAUUGAACAGCAUUGAGUGGAAUUGAAAUUAUUGAACAGCAUUGAGUGGAAUUGAAAUUAUUGAACAGCAUUGAGUGGAAUUGAAAUUAUUGAACAGCAUUGAGUGGAAUUGAAAUUAUUGAACAGCAUUGAGUGGAAUUGAAAUUAUUGAACAGCAUUGAGUGGAAUUGAAAUUAUUGAACAGCAUUGAGUGGAAUUGAAAUUAUUGAACAGCAUUGAGUGGAAUUGAAAUUAUUGAACAGCAUUGAGUGGAAUUGAAAUUAUUGAACAGCAUUGAGUGGAAUUGAAAUUAUUGAACAGCAUUUAGUGGAAUUGAAAUUAUUGAACAGCAUUGAGUGGAAUUGAAAUUAUUGAACAGCAUUGAGUGGAAUUGAAAUUAUUGAACAGCAUUGAGUGGAAUUGAAAUUAUUGAACAGCAUUGAGUGGAAUUGAAAUUAUUGAACAGCAUUGAGUGGAAUUGAAAUUAUUGAACAGCAUUGAGUGGAAUUGAAAUUAUUGAACAGCAUUGAGUGGAAUUGAAAUUAUUGAACAGCAUUGAGUGGAAUUGAAAUUAUUGAACAGCAUUGAGUGGAAUUGAAAUUAUUGAACAGCAUUGAGUGGAAUUGAAAUUAUUGAACAGCAUUGAGUGGAAUUGAAAUUAUUGAACAGCAUUGAGUGGAAUUGAAAUUAUUGAACAGCAUUGAGUGGAAUUGAAAUUAUUGAACAGCAUUUAGUGGAAUUGAAAUUAUUGAACAGCAUUGAGUGGAAUUGAAAUUAUUGAACAGCAUUGAGUGGAAUUGAAAUUAGACUUAGUCAUUCCGGUGUUCUUCCUGAAUUGAACCCUUUUCCCCUGGAUGUAGUUUCUCAUCAACACAUCUACUGUUGGUCUGAAGGGUUGGCAGUUGGAACUGUUGGGAAGCCCCUUGCUAUUUCUCAUCGUUAUCACACUUGGUUACAACACUCAUAGGUUGCAUUUAUACAGGCAAGCCCAAUUACCCACACAAGAUCUGAUUGGUCAAAAAUACCAUUUAGUGGUAAAAGACCAGAACUGGUCUGCUUGUGUAAAUGCACCCGCAGUGUAACUCUCUACCACAGGAAAUUGGUGGGAGGAGCUAUGGGAGGCUGGGAUGGAUUACAUUAAAACGAUAUAAAACACAUCAACUGUCCUCCUAUACUUGUUCCCAGCAGCCUCCACUGCUAUGUACAUACCAUCUUAUGUUGUUAUUGGUUACAACGGGAGGGAAUCAGCUGCUGUGGCAUCCUAUUCCCUAUGUAGUGCACUACUUUAGACCAGAACCCUAUGGCUCCCUGUGUAGUGCACUACUUUAGACCAGAACCCUAUGGCUCACUGUGUAGUGCACUACUUUAGACCAGAACCCUAUGGCUCCCUGUGUAGUGAACUACUUUAGACCAGAACCCUAUGGCUCCCUGUGUAGUGAACUACUUUAGACCAGAACCCUAUGGCUCACUGUGUAGUGCACUACUUUAGACCAGAACCCUAUGGCUCCCUGUGUAGUGCACUACUUUAGACCAGAACCCUAUGGCUCCCUGUGUAGUGCACUACUUUAGACCAGAACCCUAUGGCUCCCUGUGUAGUGCACUACUUUAGACCAGAACCCUAUGGCACCCUAUUCCCUAUAUAGUGCACUACUUUAGACCAGAGCCCUAUGGCACCCUAUUCCCUAUGUAGUGCACUACUUUAGACCAGAACCCUAUGGCUCCCUGUGUAGUGCACUACUUUAGACCAGAACCCUAUGGCUCACUGUGUAGUGCACUACUUUAGACCAGAACCCUAUGGCUCCCUGUGUAGUGCACUACUUUAGACCAGAACCCUAUGGCUCACUGUGUAGUGCACUACUUUAGACCAGAACCCUAUGGCUCCCUGUGUAGUGCACUACUUUAGACCAGAACCCUAUGGCACCCUAUUCCCUAUAUAGUGCACUACUUUAGACCAGAGCCCUAUGGCACCCUAUUCCCUAUAUAGUGCACUACUUUAGACCAGAGCCCUAUGGCACCCUAUUCCCUAUAUAGUGCACUACUUUAGACCAGAACCCUAUGGCUCACUGUGUAGUGCACUACUUUAGACCAGAACCCUAUGGCUCCCUGUGUAGUGAACUACUUUAGACCAGAACCCUAUGGCUCCCUGUGUAGUGAACUACUUUAGACCAGAACCCUAUGGCUCACUGUGUAGUGCACUACUUUAGACCAGAACCCUAUGGCUCACUGUGUAGUGCACUACUUUAGACCAGAACCCUAUGGCUCCCUGUGUAGUGCACUACUUUAGACCAGAACCCUAUGGCUCCCUGUGUAGUGCACUACUUUAGACCAGAACCCUAUGGCUCACUGUGUAGUGCACUACUUUAGACCAGAACCCUAUGGCUCCCUGUGUAGUGCACUACUUUAGACCAGAACCCUAUGGCACCCUAUUCCCUAUAUAGUGCACUACUUUAGACCAGAGCCCUAUGGCACCCUAUUCCCUAUAUAGUGCACUACUUUAGACCAGAGCCCUAUGGCACCCUAUUCCCUAUAUAGUGCACUACUUUAGACCAGAACCCUAUGGCACCCUAUUCCCUAUAUAGUGCACUACUUUAGACCAGAACCCUAUGGCACCCUAUUCCCUAUAUAGUGCACUACUUUAGAUCAGAACCCUAUGGACUCUGGUCAAAUGUAAUGCACUAUGAAGGGAAUAGGUCAGGUGCCAUUUUGUGGAUGCAGCCUGUGUGUUGCAGGUGCUCUCUCAUCCUUUCCUGACUUCAACCACUCUAUUCCUGUAGAUCUGUUCUGUCGCCAUUCAUUCAGAAAAUCAUUCCCAUGCUGGUUGGUGUUUCAUCCUUCCCAUGCUGGUUGGUGUUUCAUCCUUCCCAUGCUGGUUGGUGUUUCAUCCUUCCCAUGCUGGUUGGUGUUGCAUCCUUCCCAUGCUGGUUGGUGUUUCAUCCUUCCCAUGCUGGUUGGUGUUUCAUCCUUCCCAUAGUGGUUGGUGUUUCAUCCUUCCCAUGCUGGUUGGUGUUGGAUCCUUCCCAUGCUGGUUGGUGUUGGAUCCUUCCCAUGCUGGUUGGUGUUUCAUCCUUCCCAUGCUGGUUGGUGUUUCAUCCUUCCCAUAGUGGUUGGUGUUUCAUCCUUCCCAUGCUGGUUGGUGUUUCAUCCUUCCCAUGCUGGUUGGUGUUGGAUCCUUCCCAUGCUGGUUGGUGUUGGAUCCUUCCCAUGCUGGUUGGUGUUUCAUCCUUCCCAUGCUGGUUGGUGUUUCAUCCUUCCCAUGCUGGUUGGUGUUUCAUCCUUCCCAUGCUGGUUGGUGUUGGAUCCUUCCCAUGCUGGUUGGUGUUGGAUCCUUCCCAUGCUGGUUGGUGUUGGAUCCUUCCCAUGCUGGUUGAUGUUUCAUCCUUCCCAUGCUGGUUGGUGUUUCAUCCUUCCCAUGCUGGUUGGUGUUUCAUCCUUCCCAUGCUGGUUGGUGUUUCAUCCUUCCCAUGCUGGUUGGUGUUUCAUCCUUCCCAUGCUGGUUGGUGUUGGAUCCUUCCCAUGCUGGUUGGUGUUUCAUCCUUCCCAUGCUGGUUGGUGUUGGAUCCUUCCCAUGCUGGUUGGUGUUGCAUCCUUCCCAUGCUGGUUGGUGUUGGAUCCUUCCCAUGCUGGUUGGUGUUGGAUCCUUCCCAUGCUGGUUGGUGUUUCAUCCUUCCCAUGCUGGUUGGUGUUUCAUCCUUCCCAUGCUGGUUGGUGUUGGAUCCUUCCCAUGCUGGUUGGUGUUGGAUCCUUCCCAUGCUGGUUGGUGUUUCAUCCUUCCCAUGCUGGUUGGUGUUUCAUCCUUCCCAUGCUGGUUGGUGUUUCAUCCUUCCCAUGCUGGUUGGUGUUUCAUCCUUCCCAUGCUGGUUGGUGUUUCAUCCUUCCCAUGCUGGUUGGUGUUUCAUCCUUCCCAUGCUGGUUGGUGUUUCAUCCUUCCCAUGCUGGUUGGUGUUUCAUCCUUCCCAUGCUGGUUGGUGUUUCAUCCUUCCCAUGCUGGUUGGUGUUUCAUCCUUCCCAUGCUGGUUGGUGUUGGAUCCUUCCCAUGCUGGUUGGUGUUUCAUCCUUCCCAUGCUGGUUGGUGUUUCAUCCUUCCCAUGCUGGUUGGUGUUGGAUCCUUCCCAUGCUGGUUGGUGUUUCAUCCUUCCCAUGCUGGUUGGUGUUUCAUCCUUCCCAUGCUGGUUGGUGUUUCAUCCUUCCCAUGCUGGUUGGUGUUGGAUCCUUCCCAUGCUGGUUGGUGUUUCAUCCUUCCCAUGCUGGUUGGUGUUUCAUCCUUCCCAUGCUGGUUGGUGUUUCAUCCUUCCCAUGCUGGUUGGUGUUUCAUCCUUCCCAUGCUGGUUGGUGUUUCAUCCUUCCCAUGCUGGUUGGUGUUUCAUCCUUCCCAUGCUGGUUGGUGUUGGAUCCUUCCCAUGCUGGUUGGUGUUUCAUCCUUCCCAUGCUGGUUGGUGUUUCAUCCUUCCCAUGCUGGUUGGUGUUUCAUCCUUCCCAUGCUGGUUGGUGUUGGAUCCUUCCCAUGCUGGUUGGUGUUGGAUCAUUCCCAUGCUGGUUGGUGUUUCAUCCUUCCCAUGCUGGUUGGUGUUUCAUCCUUCCCAUGCUGGUUGGUGUUGGAUCCUUCCCAUGCUGGUUGGUGUUGGAUCAUUCCCAUGCUGGUUGGUGUUUCAUCCUUCCCAUGCUGGUUGGUGUUUCAUCCUUCCCAUGCUGGUUGGUGUUUCAUCCUUCCCAUGCUGGUUGGUGUUUCAUCCUUCCCAUGCUGGUUGGUGUUUCAUCCUUCCCAUGCUGGUUGGUGUUGGAUCCUUCCCAUGCUGGUUGGUGUUACAUCCUUCCCAUGCUGGUUGGUGUUUCAUCCUUCCCAUGCUGGUUGGUGUUUCAUCCUUCCCAUGCUGGUUGGUGUUGGAUCCUUCCCAUGCUGGUUGGUGUUGGAUCAUUCCCAUGCUGGUUGGUGUUUCAUCCUUCCCAUGCUGGUUGGUGUUUCAUCCUUCCCAUGCUGGUUGGUGUUUCAUCCUACCCAUGCUGGUUGGUGUUGGAUCCUUCCCAUGCUGGUUGGUGUUGGAUCAUUCCCAUGCUGGUUGGUGUUUCAUCCUUCCCAUGCUGGUUGGUGUUUCAUCCUUCCCAUGCUGGUUGGUGUUUCAUCCUUCCCAUGCUGGUUGGUGUUUCAUCCUUCCCAUGCUGGUUGGUGUUUCAUCCUUCCCAUGCUGGUUGGUGUUGGAUCCUUCCCAUGCUGGUUGGUGUUGGAUCCUUCCCAUGCUGGUUGGUGUUGGAUCCUUCCCAUGCUGGUUGGUGUUUCAUCCUUCCCAUGCUGGUUGGUGUUUCAUCCUUCCCAUGCUGGUUGGUGUUUCAUCCUUCCCAUGCUGGUUGGUGUUUCAUCCUUCCCAUGCUGGUUGGUGUUGGAUCCUUCCCAUGCUGGUUGGUGUUUCAUCCUUCCCAUGCUGGUUGGUGUUUCAUCCUUCCCAUGCUGGUUGGUGUUUCAUCCUUCCCAUGCUGGUUGGUGUUGGAUCCUUCCCAUGCUGGUUGGUGUUGGAUCCUUCCCAUGCUGGUUGGUGUUUCAUCCUUCCCAUGCUGGUUGGUGUUUCAUCCUUCCCAUGCUGGUUGGUGUUUCAUCCUUCCCAUGCUGGUUGGUGUUGGAUCCUUCCCAUGCUGGUUGGUGUUGGAUCCUUCCCAUGCUGGUUGGUGUUUCAUCCUUCCCAUGCUGGUUGGUGUUGGAUCCUUCCCAUGCUGGUUGGUGUUUCAUCCUUCCCAUGCUGGUUGGUGUUGGAUCCUUCCCAUGCUGGUUGGUGUUUCAUCCUUCCCAUGCUGGUUGGUGUUUCAUCCUUCCCAUGCUGGUUGGUGUUUCAUCCUUCCCAUGCUGGUUGGUGUUGGAUCCUUCCCAUGCUGGUUGGUGUUUCAUCCUUCCCAUGCUGGUUGGUGUUGGAUCCUUCCCAUGCUGGUUGGUGUUGGAUCCUUCCCAUGCUGGUUGGUGUUUCAUCCUUCCCAUGCUGGUUGGUGUUUCAUCCUUCCCAUGCUGGUUGGUGUUGGAUCCUUCCCAUGCUGGUUGGUGUUGCAUCCUUCCCAUGCUGGUUGGUGUUUCAUCCUUCCCAUGCUGGUUGGUGUUUCAUCCUUCCCAUGCUGGUUGGUGUUUCAUCCUUCCCAUGCUGGUUGGUGUUUCAUCCUUCCCAUGCUGGUUGGUGUUUCAUCCUUCCCAUGCUGGUUGGUGUUUCAUCCUUCCCAUGCUGGUUGGUGUUUCAUCCUUCCCAUGCUGGUUGGUGUUGGAUCCUUCCCAUGCUGGUUGGUGUUGGAUCAUUCCCAUGCUGGUUGGUGUUUCAUCCUUCCCAUGCUGGUUGGUGUUUCAUCCUUCCCAUGCUGGUUGGUGUUUCAUCCUUCCCAUGCUGGUUGUUGUUUCAUCCUUCCCAUGCUGGUUGGUGUUGGAUCCUUCCCAUGCUGGUUGGUGUUGGAUCCUUCCCAUGCUGGUUGGUGUUGGAUCCUUCCCAUGCUGGUUGGUGUUGGAUCCUUCCCAUGCUGGUUGGUGUUGGAUCCUCGGUGUCGUUUCCUUUGGGUCUAUAGAGGAGCUAUUUCUUCACAAUACCAACCUUCUGAAGUGACUGGUUAUAUGACCAUGACACACUGGUAUCUAGGAACCAUAUUACUAUAUAAAGACUAUUUAACCAAUGAUUCAUUCUUUAUUUUUUAUGACACUGUAGAAGAGGUUUGUGCUGCUGGGCUUGGGUUUGAUUGUGUCUGUCGCGGUAUGGUAUUAGUGCAGGGACAAAAAGCCUCUAUCUACAAAUUAGUGGAUAUGUAAAACCAUAGUUUUGGAUUUUCUCUCUCAUUUUCUCCUUUUAUUUUCCUGGUUUUAUUAGGUUGUAUGUGUCCUUUUUAACGUGGUUUUGGAUUCCUUGGCCUACAUAUUGUUGUGUGAGUGAUCAGCACUAAUGAAGGGUGGGGUAUUAUAUUUAUAAUAUAUUUUGAGAAUAUAAUUGUUUUUCUUCUCUGUCUGGGGACGUACAAGCUCCAUGUCAGAGGAGUUCAUUUCAAUAAUCUAUAAUAAAAAGCAGAGAUUUAACUUUUAAUUCA